CACCGGUGGGCGCAGGCGCAAUUAAAUGGAUACCGGCUUGCGCAGACCAAAAAAGAGCGAAUUUAAGGAUGGCGGGCACGGGACUGGUGGCUGGUGAGGUGGUGGUGGAUGCUCUGCCGUAUUUUGACCAAGGCUAUGAAGCCCCUGGCGUACGGGAAGCGGCUGCGGCGCUGGUGGAGGAGGAAACGCGCAGAUACCGACCUACGAAGAAUUAUCUGAGCUACUUGACAGCCCCGGAUUAUUCUGCCUUUGAAACUGACAUAAUGAGAAAUGAAUUUGAAAGAUUGGCUGCCCGACAACCAAUUGAACUGCUUAGUAUGAAACGGUAUGAACUCCCAGCCCCUUCCUCAGGACAGAAAAAUGACAUUACUGCAUGGCAAGAAUGUGUAAACAACUCUAUGGCCCAGUUAGAGCAUCAGGCUGUUCGAAUUGAGAAUCUGGAACUAAUGUCUCAGCAUGGAUGCAAUGCCUGGAAAGUAUAUAAUGAAAAUUUAGUUCAUAUGAUUGAACAUGCACAGAAGGAGCUUCAGAAGUUAAGGAAGCACAUUCAAGAUUUAAACUGGCAACGAAAGAAUAUGCAGCUCACAGCUGGAUCUAAAUUAAGGGAAAUGGAGUCAAAUUGGGUAUCCCUGGUCAGUAAGAAUUAUGAGAUUGAAAGGACUAUUGUGCAGUUAGAAAAUGAAGUCUUUCAAAUGAAGCAGCAACAUGGAGAGGCAAACAAAGAAAAUAUCCGGCAAGAUUUCUAAACAGAAAUAAAUUUGGUGGGUAGAAAAGAAGGGAAGUCAGGUUUCAUGGAAGAUACAUGGUAUCUGAACUAUAAAGAAACAACAGCAGCUUAUGAAAAUCAUCAAUAAUUAGAUGUUUAGAAAUCAUAGCAUGUGAACUGUUAUUUCUUUGUACAUUGUAAAGAAUAAAAAAUGUUCAACUUGC